AUGUCUUCAAUUCCUGAAAAAUUUCUUGGAAAAUUUAAACAUGAAAAAAGUGAAAACUUUGAGGAAUAUUUGGCUGCUCGUGGUGUUUCUUGGAUUUUCCGUAAAUUAAUUUCUUUCACUUCAAUUACUAAAGUCUUUGAAAAAUCGACUUCAGCUACAGGAAAAUAUGAUGCACACAAUAUUAGUUCUAAGGGUGAUACACCAUAUAUUGGCUGGACGCUUGACGAAGAGUUUGAGGCUAAAGGAUUGGAUGGAAAACAACACAAGAUCACAUUUCAAAUGGAUGGGGAAGAUACACUCACUGAAAAGCACAUAAGAUUGGAUAAAGAAGGUAAAGCUGAACCUGAGGAUGUUGGCGAAGUCUAUCGCUACUCAAUCGACGACAAUGACAAAUUGGUUUUGACACUUGAGAAAGAUUCUAUUACUGCCCGACGCUUUUUUACAAGAGUUCAAUGA